GGGGCGGGCGGAGGGCGCGGGCGGACAUGGCGCUGCAGUUCGGCGGGGCGGGCGCGGCGGGCGCGGCGGAGGAGCCGGCGCUGGUUGGGGGCAGCUUCGGGGCCGCCGACUCGUUUCCCAAGGACUUCGGCUACGGGGAGGAGGAGGAGGAGGCGGAGCUGGAGGGAGGCCCGGGGCCCGGCGGGCCCGGCGGCGGCGCGGGCGGGCCUGGCGGCGGCGCGGGCGGGGCGGACACCAAGCCGCGGAUCCUGCUGAUGGGGCUGCGGCGCAGCGGGAAGUCCUCCAUCCAGAAGGUGGUGUUUCACAAAAUGUCUCCCAAUGAGACUCUGUUUUUGGAAAGUACCAACAAGAUCUACAAAGAUGAUAUUUCCAACAGUUCAUUUGUGAAUUUCCAAAUAUGGGAUUUUCCUGGUCAGAUGGAUUUUUUUGAUCCAACAUUUGAUUAUGAGAUGAUCUUCAGAGGAACAGGUGCUCUAAUAUACGUUAUUGAUGCCCAGGAUGACUACAUGGAAGCUUUAACAAGACUCCACAUUACAGUUUCAAAAGCCUACAAGGUCAACCCGGAAAUGAACUUUGAAGUUUUUAUUCAUAAAGUUGAUGGUUUAUCGGAUGACCAUAAAAUAGAAACUCAGAGGGAUAUUCAUCAGAGGGCUAAUGAUGACCUUACAGAUGCUGGGCUCGAAAAACUUCACCUUAGCUUUUAUUUGACCAGUAUCUAUGACCAUUCAAUAUUUGAAGCCUUCAGUAAAGUGGUACAGAAGCUCAUUCCACAGCUGCCAACGCUGGAAAAUCUGCUAAAUAUCUUUAUAUCAAAUUCAGGCAUCGAAAAAGCUUUUCUCUUCGAUGUAGUCAGCAAAAUCUACAUUGCAACAGACAGUUCCCCUGUGGACAUGCAGUCAUAUGAGUUGUGCUGUGACAUGAUUGAUGUAGUGAUAGAUGUUUCCUGUAUAUAUGGGUUAAAGGAAGAUGGCACUGGAAGUGCUUAUGAUAAAGAGUCAAUGGCAAUUAUCAAGCUCAAUAACACAACCGUCCUGUACUUAAAGGAAGUAACAAAGUUUUUGGCAUUAGUUUGCAUUCUUAGAGAAGAGAGUUUUGAGCGCAAAGGUCUGAUAGACUACAAUUUUCAUUGCUUCCGCAAAGCCAUUCAUGAAGUCUUUGAAGUAGGUGUUGCCUCCCACAGAAUCUGCAACCAUCAAUCAAGCGCCUCCAGUAUGAAAGCAGUGACUCACAAUGGCACACCUAGGAACGCAGUCUAGAGGAGAGCUAAAGACCUUGGGUAGACUCGUCAGCUCUUCACUCCAAAGCUUUGUGGAACAAGAGAAAAGUAGUCUGAAAGCCUGAAGUAUGUUUCACAGGAGAAGAGUGGUGCUAACUGUCGAACAGCAGCUUGUAACUCUUGUUGGACAACUGAAACUACUGUAAAAAUACAUUAAGGCCAGUGGAGUUAGAAAUGCUGGUUUGAAACCAGCAUUAUUGCAAGUGCAGUGGUUUUUCAGUUUGGAGUCCUGUAUCAUCAGCCUGUCUCUGACUGAUGGCCCGGUCAAAACUUACAAAUUACUGAGUUUUGCGUGAAAUGCUGAAUAGUCACUUUGCUUAACUCUUUUUUUAUUAAUCUGUAGAAUAUCCACUUUUGCUUACAUUUACCCUUCUGUCAUGGAAAAAAAAAAAGUGGUGGUGUUAUUUAGGCUUGUGAAACUCAGGCUUCUUGUUUGGUGAGGCUGGUCUCACAGAUCAUUCCAUAAAGUAGUUCUUGCUCAGAGUAUUCUCAUGAAUUCUGUAUGUGAUAAGUGGAUGCAAGGUAGAGCUCUGUUCUAGUGAUUCUCUGUUUGUUGGGAGAGCUGACCUGGAGCUUCAUUUUAAGAGAUGGUAAUACUUUGCUUUCAGACCACGCUUCUUGGUUUGCCCUCUUUGAUGGAGGGAAGUAUUCAAACAAAGACUACCUGCUCUCUUCUGCAAAAACAUAGAUGUAAUAAAUCUGUGUGAUUUAUUCUAUUCACCAAACAACUGCAUAGCUAACUAAAUUGAAAUGUCUGAAAUGCCAUCUGUUGGAAUAAAUCAGGACAAUUUCUAGGAAAAUGUUUGAGGGUGUUAUCCUUGCAUGGCAAUUAAAUAUCAGUGUGCCACAACCUAAUAAUAAUACUGGACAUUGAAAGCGCAUUGAUUUUGUACUGUGGCAAACACCUUGUUUGUUGCCAUGCAAUCUGAAUAGAAUAGUGGUUUUUUCUGAUUUUGUGAAUGCUGGCUUUCAUACUAUGGGAGGUGUAUCUGAGCUGUUUUAAUCUAACUUAUUGGUAUUAUUACUGCAGAUGUCACAGUGUACAUCCACUUCCUAUGCAGCAAACUCAGUGACUGGCCUGUAAAGAUCUUGCCUCUUUGUACCCUGUCCCUGUGUGUGUACAGGUGUUGCCACUGGACCAACUGCCUAUACAUGUGCUACUAUCAAGGUUUCUGCAAAAGAUCUGUAACCGUAAGAGAUCUCUGCAACUGAUGUAUUUAUGUGGUCAGAAAUAACCAUGGGAUUGCUUCUGUGCUUAUAGAAUGGAUUAUCAUUGAACUAUGUAAAAAUGAAUAUACUUGCAUUAAUGUUAGGGUGUAUGGACAUGCUGUGUAAAUGUUUCUCCUUUGUUUCAAAGAUGUUAUAUGAUACUAAAUACAUAAAGGAUCUGCUCCAAAAGCACAGUCAGCAGGAGUCUUGGGAAUUUAAGUGCUCUAGUUCAGUUCUCUUAAUAGCAGUUGUAGUUCUGAACCUAAGCUGAGACCCCCUUGGUAAUGGAACUGCAGGGUUUAUUUUUUUUUUAAGGAAGUGUUGCAGGCUUGUAAGAUUGGGGUUUGUAGCUUGCCAGCUCUAGCACAGUGUUCUGGUACUCAAGGUGAGAGAAGUAACUGGUAAGAUCUGAGGAAGGAAGAAAUCAUUUGCAUCUGUGCAGUGAGUUUUCCAUGUUCUAAGUACAUGUGUAUGUUUCUCUUUGUCCUCACUCUCUACGUGAUUUUGUGCUAAUAAAAUGAAAAAAGGUUGAA